AUGACCGCACGAAUGGAUUUCACCGACCGGGCCCAGAAGGCCGUGGAGGAUGCCAUGACGCUGGCCGAGCAGUACGGUCACUCCCAGCUCCUCCCCGUCCAUCUGGCCGUGUCGCUGCUUGACCCCCCGGUCGACCAGUCCAAGGACCAGCAGAACGGCCCGCCCCAGUCCAACGUCACUCUUUUCCGGCAAGUCAUCGAGCGCGCCCACGGUGACCCCCAGCUCUUUGACAGAGCCCUCAAGAAGUCGCUGGUCCGCCUUCCCAGUCAAGACCCCCCGCCCGAGCAGGUCUCGCUUUCACCAUCCUUCCACAGCGUCCUGCGAAAGGCGAUGGAGCUGCAAAAGGUCCAGAAGGACACUUACAUAGGUGUCGACCACCUCAUCACCGCGCUGUCCGAGGACGGCAACAUUCAGACGGCUCUGAGGGAAGCCAACAUCCCCAAGGCCAAGCUCGUCCAGGAUGCCGUCACGGCCAUCCGAGGAACCAAGCGCGUCGAUAGCAAGACUGCCGACACCGAGCAGGAAAACGAGAACCUGGCCAAGUUCACAAUCGACAUGACCGCCAUGGCCAGGGACAAGAAGAUCGACCCGGUCAUUGGCCGAGAGGAAGAGAUCCGCCGAGUUGUGCGGAUUCUGUCUCGGCGAACCAAGAACAACCCCGUCCUCAUUGGUGAACCAGGUGUCGGCAAGACCACCGUCGUCGAAGGUCUCGCUCAACGCAUAGUCAACCGCGACGUCCCCGACAACCUGAAGCACUGCAAGCUGCUCUCGCUUGAUGUCGGCGCACUUGUUGCCGGCAGCAAGUAUCGCGGAGAGUUCGAAGAGCGCAUGAAGGGAGUCUUGAAAGAGAUUGAAGACUCCAAGGAAAUGAUUGUCCUCUUCGUCGACGAAAUUCAUCUCCUCAUGGGCGCUGGUUCGUCUGGUGAGGGCGGUAUGGAUGCCGCCAACUUGCUCAAGCCGAUGCUUGCUCGCGGCCAGCUGCACUGCAUUGGCGCGACCACGCUCGCCGAGUACCGCAAGUACGUCGAGAAGGAUGCCGCCUUUGAGCGUCGCUUCCAGCAGGUUCUCGUUAAGGAGCCAACAAUUCCCGAAACCAUCUCCAUCCUUCGUGGCCUGAAAGAGCGGUAUGAUCGACACCACCGCGUCACCAUCCUCGACAGUGCGCUUGUGGCGGCCGCCAACCUGGCUGCUCGCUAUCUCACAUCCAGGCGGAUGCCCGACUCUGCUAUUGACUUGGUCGACGAAGCCGCCGCCGCUGUGCGCGUCGCGCGGGAGUCUCAACCCGAAAUCAUUGAUUCUCUCGAUCGCAAGCACAGGCAGCUGAUGAUUGAGAUCGCCGCCUUGGAGAAGGAACACGAUGAGGCGUCCAAGACUCGACUGCAGCAGGCCAGAAAGGAUGCCAAGAACGUCGAAGAAGAGCUUCAGCCACUUCGCGAGAAAUACCAAAACGAGAUCAAGCGAAGCGAGGAGAUCCACCAGGCCAAGAUCAAGCUCGACGACCUCGAGAAGCGACUGGAGGAUGCAAGCAACAUGGGCCAGCACGCAAAGGCUGCCGAUCUCCAGUACGGCGCUAUCCCAGAGCAAAAGGCCGUGAUUAAGGAUCUCGAGGCCCGCAAGGCCGCUGCCGACGCUGCUCUCAACGCCAGUGGUGCGGAUAAUGACGGAUCCAUGGUCACGGAUAUUGUCACCGCCGAUCAUAUCAACGAGAUUGUGGCUCGCUGGACCGGAAUUCCCGUCACCCGGCUUCGCACUUCGGAGAAGGAGAAGCUGAUCAACAUGGAAAAGGUUCUCGGAAGAGUCGUUGUCGGCCAGAAGGAGGCGGUCCAAUCCGUGGCCAACGCCAUCCGGCUGCAGCGCUCCGGCUUGAGCAACCCCAACCAGCCUCCGAGCUUCCUCUUCUGCGGCCCGUCUGGUACGGGUAAGACGCUUCUCACCAAGGCCUUGGCGGAAUUUCUCUUCGAUGAUGCCAAGGCCAUGAUUCGAUUCGACAUGUCCGAGUACCAGGAGCGACACGCCCUUAGCCGCAUGAUUGGUGCUCCGCCAGGCUACGUCGGACACGAUGCAGGCGGCCAGCUCACGGAAGCUCUGAGGCGCAAGCCCUUCUCCAUUCUCCUGUUCGACGAAGUUGAGAAGGCCGCCAAGGAAGUCCUGACCGUGCUCCUGCAGCUCAUGGACGACGGCAGAAUCACCGAUGGCCAAGGCAGAGUUGUCGACGCAAAGAACUGCAUUGUCGUCAUGACAUCGAACCUGGGCGCCGAGUAUCUCACCCGACCCGGAGCCAAGGAGGGCCGCGUCGAUCCGUCUACCAAGGAGCUCGUCAUGGGGGCUCUCCGCAACUACUUCCUCCCCGAGUUCCUCAACAGAAUCAACUCUGUUGUUAUCUUCAACCGCUUGACGCGCAAGGAGAUUCGCAAGAUUGUCGACAUUCGGAUACACGAAAUCCAGAAGCGACUCGAAGAUAAUGGCAGAAAGGUCAAGAUCGACGUUUCCGACGAAGCCAAAGACUAUCUGGGCAAUUCCGGAUACUCACCCGCGUACGGCGCUCGUCCUCUGUCCCGCCUGAUCGAAAAGGAGGUGCUCAAUAGGCUCGCCAUCCUCAUCCUUCGGAACAGCAUCCGCGACGGCGAGAUUGCACGGGUUGAGCUCAUCGACGGCAAGAUUGCGGUCCUCGCUAACCAUCCCGACAGCGAGGGUGAUGAUGAGAUGCUGGACGACGAGGACGAGGACGCGGUCGACGAGCUGGUGGCGGACACCAUGGAUGAGGAUAUUUAUGAUUAA